CCAUUUCUUUGUCGUUCCUAAUCCAGUCAUUGCUCAACAUCACUCAAACACAGCUACGAUGAACCUCAUCGUGACAGCAAUCAUUUUUCACCUUACAACCGGCAUCUUCGCCACGAACACCACCGAAGAAGCCCCCACGAACAAAACGAAACGCACGGUCUCUGGUCAAGUCCACAACUAUGGAGAAAACCGCCCCGUGGUGCUCUAUCCAGAAAGCACCCCCGUGUCGCCCCAGAGCCUCGCCAGCCUCUACGCCCCUGUUACCCUCAAACCCGUCUUCGAUCCAGAGCUCUCCAAACAAGUAGCAGCCCAGCAAGUCCUGUACGAGUUUCAGCAAACACCAACCAAUGCGGUUUCCAAUGUUCACGUGAACCAGUUCUACCAACCGCUGCAGAGCAAGGACGGAGGGCCCGCCCAGUUCAGCGGCUCUGAAACGGUGGCCACACCAGUGCAACACAGCGCCUUGGUGAGGCAUGGUCAGAAUUUCGCGCAAGUGCAGUACCAUCCGCUACCUCAGCACGUGCAAACCCAUCAGUACAUCCCAGGGAAGUUGCUGUACGUGAAUGGGAAAAUCACGUAUCCGUCGGGACAGCAAAAUGGGUUCCAACAACACCAAGCCUUCCAGCAGCAGCACCAACAACAACAAAAUGGGUUCCAGCCGCAGCAAAAUGGGUUCCAGCCACAACAAAGACCCAGUUUCUUGUACACGCACCCACAAGCAGGGACCCACAAGUUCGUCCCUCCACCUCUUGUAACCCGAAAUGCCUAUCGUCGUUUCCAGGCACCGGAGCCUCAGCAGAUUCUACCAAUCACGAAACCGAUGAGUGUUCCAGCAGUGAACGAAGACCAGAAAGAAGAACCAGAGGUGGAAGAGGAGGAAAAUGCGCCCAACAAGGAAGAAGAAGAGGAAGAAAAUGAAGAGAACGAUGAGGAGAGUUACGAGGAAGAUGACGAAGACGAUCGUUAUUUUAAUAAAUAUGGUUUCGACGAUGAUGACCACAAUAAUUAUAGGGAAGACGAUGAAGAAGACAAUGAGAGGGGUUCUUCGAAACCUGUACCAAAGAAGCACAAGAAAGUAACAAAACCCAACAAAUAUAACAAAAGUGAUGGUUACAAAUACAGCGAAAGCUACAGCACGAGUAGCAAAUAUGAGAAACCGAUGAGAAAAGGGAAGAAAAUUAUGAAGAACCCUAAAGUACAAGUGAAGACGGUGAAGGGCUCGAAGGGAGACCACCCGAGGUUCCGAAACGAAAAAAUCGAAGGGAAACAAUCACGGAAUAUUCCAGUGGUUCACAAACAGAAGAUUUUUAAGGAGAAGUGGUAUGUCACGAAGAGUACCGAUGACUCAAUGUUAUAGUUUUUUUUAGUUUAGAUUUGUUUAUUUUAUGUGCUAUAUUGUUUUAUAUUUUCUUAUUGUUGUUUUUUAUUUGUUUUCUAUUUAAUAAUAAAUAAAUACUGUUUGUUUGUAAA